AUGACAUCGCGAGAGUCAGGGAGAAUUCGCGAUGCGGACAAAAAGCGAGUCCUUGACCAGGUAUCACGCAAGCGUAGAGCUCGUAAAGCACUAGAAGCCCUCGAACAAGACAAUUAUCAUGAAGAUCCUCACGCUGAUUUGGUCAUGUCUAAGAAGGUGCCCAAAUUUCAAGAUAAUCUGGACAGUUCGGGCGGCACAAAACGCAAGACUAAACGAACCAAGGGAGCUGAAUAUUACAGGGCGAAGUAUAGGAAGACAUUUCCCCAGCUACUGGAAGAGGACAGAACACAGCGACCAGAUGCGCCGAACUAUUUUACGGCAGCUGCACCACCAUCCAAGGUGCCAGAGAGGCAUUUUUGUGCGGUUUGUGGAUUCCCAUCGAGUUACACGUGUACCGCGUGUGGGACUCGAUACUGUUGCGUGCGCUGUCUUGGAACUCAUCAGGAUACACGGUGCCUCAAAUGGACAGCUUAGGAUGCGAUUGUUAAUGUACAUUACAUAGGAAUAUACAUACUUUAAAAAUUUCAAA